AUGUUGCGAGCUGGUCUGCUCAAGAACACGCUGCGGUCCUCGCUCGCCGCUCCCCGCGCGUCGAUCGUGCAGCGCGGACUGGCCACCGAGGCGCACCCGACCGCGGCCAACUACUCGCCCUCGGUCGAGGAUCUCAGGCAUCAGACCGCGCAGACCAUCCUCCAGGAGCGUGAAUCGGGCAAAUCCGGCUCUUUCAGGGCUUUCACCGUCAACUUUGGGGUCAGUCGUAGCGUGGGGAUCAGUGUUGAGCGAGUCGGAUCGCGGCGCAGGUCCGAGCCCGUCACACGCUGGGUUCACCACUCGCCAACGGCUAGCUCCUGGACCUCAUAUUGACCCACGAUUGCCACCGUUCCUUUCUCAAACACAGCCCCAACAUCCCGCUGCUCACGGUACGUGCUUGCCCCCACUUGCUUGGCCCUCGCGUCCCUCUCGCGCCCCGACUCUCCGCACCGAUCCAAUCCAGGCGAGCUGACCUCCCCCCUUCCUCUCGAUACCGUGACUGUCCUCUCCGCAACAGGUGUACUGCGACUGAUCCUCGAACUGAACGGCGAAGAGAUCCUCCGAGCCGACCCGCACGUCGGCCUCCUCCAUCGCGGUACCGAAAAGUUGAUCGAGUACAAGACCUACACCCAGGCCCUGCCUUACUUUGAUCGACUCGACUAUGUGUCCAUGAUGACCAACGAGUUGUGCUACUCGAGGGCUGUCGAGAAGCUACUCAACAUUGGUCAGUUGGACAGGAAUGCGUACCUUCCUAGUGGAUUGCAGCAGGUGGCGAUCGUAUUGCGCCAGGAGCCAGCAUCACGACGGGUCCCGGGUCCAGGCAGCGAACCUCCUGCAACAGCCUUGGCCGAAGACCGUAUAGAUUUCUGAACAAGGUGACUGAUGCGAUUGAAUGCACAUCACAGACGUUCCCGAACGCGCCAAGUGGAUCCGAACCCUCUUUGGCGAAAUCACCCGAGUACUCAACCACUUGAUGGCCGUCCUCACCCACGCCAUGGGUCAGUACAGGAACGCUAGCGACUGAUCGUACAUCAUCUGAUCUAGAGCCCAUGCUUCUCUUCGCAGACGUUGGAGCCUUGACGCCGUUCCUCUGGGGUUUCGAGGAGCGCGAAAAGCUGAUGGAGUUUUACGAGCGAGUGUCAGGCGCGCGUCUGCACACGGCCUAUAUCCGACCAGGAGGUGUCGCCCUCGACCUGCCGCACGGCUUGCUCGAGGACAUCUUCAAGUGGGCCACCGCGUUCCACCAUCGCGUUGACGAGUUCGAGGAGGUCAUCACCGGCAACCGAAUCUGGAAGCAACGAACCGUCGGCGUCGGAUUGGUCACGGCGCAGCAGGCGCUCGACUACUCCUUCUCCGGUGUCAUGCUCCGUGGUUCUGGUAUCCCCUGGGAUAUCCGCAAGUCGCAGCCGUACGACGCCUACGAUCAGGUCGAGUUCGACGUCCCCGUCGGCAAGAACGGCGAUUGCUACGACCGCUAUUUGUGCCGUAUCGAGGAGUUCAGGCAGUCGUUGAGGAUCAUCGACCAGUGCUUGAACAAGAUGCCAGAGGGGCAGGUCAAGAUCGAUGAUCACAAGAUCGUGCCGCCGCCGAGGGCGAGCAUGAAGGAGUGAGUGCUUUCGGCGAUCUUCGAGGGAUAGUGUGGCCAAGAGAGGAUCUGCUCGCUGAUCGCUUUGUCUUUUGACUCUCCGUGCAUGUUUCAGAUCGAUGGAGUCUCUCAUUCACCACUUCAAACUCUUCUCUGAAGGCUACGCCGUUCCUCCAGGAGAGACCUACUCGGCUAUCGAAGCUCCCAAGGGAGAGAUGGGGUAAGCGGGCGAAUCCGCCGGCAUCCUACAGAAACCUUGCUUACUGAUGAUGCUCUUGCGUUUGCGCUGCUUACAGUGUCUACCUCGUUUCGGACGGCUCCAAUCGACCAUACCGAUGCAAGAUCCGUGCACCUGGGUUCGCCCAUUUGGCCGGUGCGGAUUUCAUGAUGCGUCACGCCUACUUGCCCGACGCCGUCGCUAUCAUCGGUACAAUGGAUCUCGUGUUUGGUGUAAGCAAACAGCUCGGCCGAAGUGAUGCGCCUGAAUUGUAUGAAGCUGAUGUGUAGAAUUGUACGGUCUACAGGAGGUCGACCGAUGA